AUGAUUCUCUGGACCAAAAAUGCAAAUCAGAAAAGCGUGCGUGCUCUUCAGUUUCUGUUCAAGACCAGCCCGGCUAUCCUGCUCCUCGCUCUCUGCCUGAGACUUGGGUCUGGCGCAGCUCAAGACCUAGUACAGGAGGUGAUUUCAGCAAAACUGACAAUUGAUCCAGUUGAAAACUCAACUAACUAUUACGACGUAACAGUCACAGUUAAAAGUAAUGUGGCCAAAUGCAUAGUGGUUAGAGUCACGCUCGAGGCCUCCAACAACAUCAUUUUUCCUUAUGGUAAUUUUAUUUACACAUCCUGUCUGUGUGAGUUCAGUACAAGAAAUUUAUUUUGGGAAAUACAAGCAACAGAAAAUGGGAUCAUAAAAGCAAAAGUUGAAGUUGUGUCAGAAGAGAAUAUAUGCCCUUCUGAUGAGGAAAUCUACAUCAUUGUUUACAAAAUUUGUAUCAAGCGUGAAAUCAUCAUAAUAUGCUGA